AUGGCAGCCGGUUCCCUGAACGAAGAAAUACAGCGGGUCGCUUAUUACAACAUACGGCCCCUUGUUUUCCAUGGCUAUGUUGGGCCGUUCGCUCUGAUAUAUGUAUUAUGGUUUUAUUGUUGGACAGUGCUGUACGGUCUACAGGAUUAUUUCGAAGCGGGGCUGAUCGUUUUGGCGAUUAUCGGCGUGCUGCAGAUCCUAACGUCGCUAUUUUGCCUGUGGUCUGUGCACGUGAGAUGUGCUCUUACUUGCUCUUCGGUAUCUGAUCCUACCAAGGCCUCCUGGGUUAAGGUAGUCCCUACCCCGAAUAAUGGCUCCACAGAGCUCCUCAAGUUACACCAUGAUAAGAGUGAUGGGGAGGAAGAGUUAUGGUUCUUGUUCCAGAAAACCCGAUACAAGUUUGACUUUGAGGAGAAGAAGCAGUUUGUUCCGCUUGAAUUCCCAGUAGAUCUCAAGAUCCAGACCUACAUGGAGUGGAAAGGCUUCCAGGAAGAAAGUGACAUCAAAGCAGCAGAGAAAAAGUUUGGCAAAAAUGUGAUGCAGUUGGACAUUCCCUUAUUUGCGGAGCUGUUCAAGGAAAGGGCCACAGCUCCAUUCUUCGUCUUUCAAGUCUUCUGCGUGGGUCUUUGGUGUUUGGACGAGUACUGGUAUUACAGUCUCUUCACGCUGGCCAUGCUGGUUGCGUUUGAGGCCACGCUUGUACAACAACAACUGAGAAACAUGUCAGAGAUCCGUAAAAUGGGGAAUAAACCUUAUCAGAUUCAGGUUUAUAGGAACAGAAAAUGGAGAGGUAUAAAGAGUGAUGAGCUCGUACCUGGUGACAUUGUGUCUAUAGGUAGAUCACAAGAUGAGAAGCUUGUACCAUGUGACAUGCUGUUGCUAAGAGGGCCGUGCAUCGUGGACGAGUCCAUGUUAACGGGGGAGUCUGUUCCUGUGAUGAAGGAGCCAGCUGAGACCAUGGAUUUGGAUCGCUACCUAGACCUGGAGAUGGACGGAAAACUUCAUGUGUUAUACGGAGGUACCAAAGUGGUGCAGCACUCCCCCCCUAGUAAAACAGGCCCAGGAUUAAAAGCUAGUGACAACGGCUGCGUAGCUUACGUGCUUCGUCACAGCUUCAAUACAUCACAAGGGAAGUUACUCCGCACUAUCCUGUUUGGUGUCAAGAGGGUAACUGCCAAUAACCUGGAGACCUUUGCAUUUAUUCUCUUCUUGCUUAUAUUUGCCAUUACUGCAGCUGCAUAUGUUUGGAUAAAGGGCACUGAGAACCCAGACAGAAACCGUUACAAGCUAUUCCUGGAGUGUACACUGAUCCUCACAUCAGUUGUACCCCCUGAGUUACCCAUUGAGUUGUCCCUGGCUGUCAACACAUCUCUACUGGCACUCAGCAAACUGUACAUCUACUGUACAGAACCCUUCAGAAUUCCAUUUGCGGGUAAAGUGGACGUGUGCUGUUUUGACAAGACGGGAACACUGACCAGUGACAAUCUGGUGGUGGAAGGCGUGGUUGGACUCAAUGGGAAGGAAAUGAUGGCUGCAACGGACACGCCCCUGGAGACGAUACAGGUUAUGGCCACCUGUCACUCAUUGGUCCAGCUGGACGAUGACUUGGUGGGUGACCCCCUGGAGAAGGCAACACUCAGCUCUGUGGACUGGAUCCUCACCAAAGGUGAGUCUGUUAUUCCCAGGAAGUACAAAGGUCAGAACCUGAAGAUCUAUCACCGCUUCCACUUCAGCAGUGCCCUCAAGCGUAUGUCUGUUAUUGCUGGCCACACCCCUCCCGGCUCCUCUGAUGUCGUCUACAUUGCAUCCGUGAAAGGCGCCCCAGAGACCUUGAAGCCCAUGUUUUCUGAGUGCCCGUCUGACUACGAUCAGGUGUACUUGACGAUGGCUCGAAGAGGAGCUAGAGUGCUGGCCCUUGGUUACCGCAAACUUGGCAGUCUCUCACAUCAACAGGUGCGUGACAUGACCCGUGAUGAUGUGGAGAAGAACCUGAAGUUUGUGGGGUUUGUCAUCAUUUCCUGUCCCCUCAAGUCUGACUCUAAGGCUGUCCUUAAGGAAAUACAGAAUGCCUCUCAUCUGGUUGUGAUGAUAACAGGAGAUAACCCUCUCACAGCCUGUCAUGUGGCCAAAGAGCUGAAGUUUACCAGGAAGGAGGCCACCCUGAUUCUCCAGCCUCCCAAUGAUUCAGAUUCAGCUUGGCACUGGCAAUCUAUUGAUGAUAGAAUCAUUGUUCCUGCACAACCUGAAGAUUUCAAAAAGGAUUUAUUGCUCGCCUAUGACCUGUGUUUGACAGGGGAGGCGAUUGUAUAUCUACAAAAUGAGAAUAUGAAAUUGUUACGAAAGCUCUUACCUCACGUGAAGGUAUUCGCUAGAGUAGCUCCUAAGCAAAAGGAGUUUGUGAUUCUGACACUGAAGGACCUGGGAUACACCACUCUGAUGUGUGGGGACGGAACCAAUGAUGUGGGGGCCUUAAAACACGCUCAUGUCGGAGUGGCUUUGUUAGCCAAUGCCCCAGAGAGGCCUCCUGAUAGGAGGAAAGCCAAGAAAGAAGAGCCAUCCAGCAGUGUGGAUGAUAGCAGUUCACCGAAUGACAGACUGGCAGCUCUGGCGGCCAGGGGCAAAAUUGGAAGUCGGGCCAGCAAGUCACGGGGCGGUAACCAAGCCAUUCCUUCAUCACAAAAAAAACUCCAGAAUCUGCUAAAAGAGAUGGAGGAGGAAGAGAAAGCCUCAGUAGUUAGGCUAGGGGAUGCCAGCAUAGCUUCACCAUUCACCUCUAAACUUUCUUCACCCAUGGGCAUCUGUCACAUCAUCAAGCAGGGCCGGUGCACACUGGUGACCACAUUACAAAUGUUCAAGAUCUUGGCGCUGAAUGCGUUGAUCCUUGCCUACAGCCAGAGUGUUCUCUACUUGGAUGGGAUCAAGUUCAGUGACAGCCAGGCCACCAUGCAAGGGCUGCUCCUGGCCGGAUGCUUCUUAUUUAUUUCAAGGUCAAAGCCCCUUAAGGUGUUGUCCAAGGAGCGACCACUCCCAAACAUCUUCAAUGUGUAUACUUUAUUGACUGUGUUUCUCCAGUUUGCUGUACAUUUUACUGCCUUAGUUUACCUGGUACAAGAGUCUAAAGCCAGGUCACCUCCAAGGGAGGAAGAGUUUGUGGAUUUAGAGAAGGAAUUUGAACCGUCUAUACUCAACACAACUGUAUAUAUCAUAUCCAUGGCUUUACAAGUCUCAACAUUUGCAGUUAACUAUAAGGGGAUUCCAUUCAUGGAGGGGCUGACAGAAAACAAGCCUCUGCUCUUUAGCUUGAUAUUUUCCGUCUCAGCAAUCGUUGCUCUGGCCAGUGGAGUUGUGCCCGAUGUCAACAACCAUUUUGAGUUAGUCACAUUACCAGAGGAGUUUUGUGUAGUUGUUCUCUUGGUGUUGUCAGCGGACAUUUCAACAGCAUUUGUUGUGGACCGAAUCCUGCAGUUUGUGUUUGGGAGAGGGAGACUACGGACAGGCUGAAAGACAUAGGGAAUACAAAUUAAGUUGUUUAAUUAUGUAAUAUGUAUUACUGUUAAUGACCCAGAACUUUCUAUCGCAACUAAAUUGCUCAUUUUCUUCUGAGAGUCCUGUUGGUGUUUGGAGGUUUGUUUGGAAAGCAGGUUGAUAUCUUAUUUAUUUACCAAUAAAUAUGCCCUUUUUGGGAAUUAACGUUUUAGGACUUUGACGGUCUUUUAGAAUCCUCUCAGUUGUGUUUGUGAACCAAACUAUGACUUCAGUUUGGAAGAAAUGAAAGUCACCAAAACUGGAUACAGGGCUCCAUGUUUCUUCUGUACUCGAGUAUAGUUUUAACACUGGUUUAUGUGGGUCCCUGAAAAGCUUGGAAAUCGAAGGAGUCUGUCCCAGGCCUUGAAAAACGAUGAAGAUUUUUGUAGUUGGACGUAGAAAAGCCAUCAAAUUGUGAACCAACUUGGUAUACAUAUUGUAGAUUGAUGUACAUGUAUAUAAUGUGACUAAGUUGAGCCACUGUGUCAUAGCUGAGAUUCUCACGGCGACAUUUCCUAUCCAGCAUAUUUGAAAUUGGUUAAAAAAGUCAUUUCACAUGGGUUUAGUUUUGUAUAAGUGUCUAGAACUGAUUUCUGGAGCCUGGGUAUUUGAAGUCUGUAAAGUGUAUGGACCCUGUUCAGUAUUUGUGUUUCUAACUACCUGUAAUCAGUUAAUCUCUGGUGAAGUGUUCUUAACCAAAGGAGAACAUCAAAACAGGACACAUUCUUUUUCAAGAUCUGGGGUUAAUAAAGCUUGAAUCACCAAAACAGUGGUCAACAUCAGUCCACGGUUUAUUCAUUUUAGACUGAACUGCUUUUAUACUGCGUCAUUCUUAUCAGACAAACCAAAAACAACUGUUCUUGUAUGUAGUGCACUCUUUUUUUUUCUAACAGAAUGAAAUGCAUUCGAGUAUGUCAGUCUUAAAAUUGGCCUUAAGGCUCAAAUACAUGGUAUUGUUUACGGAUGACACUACAAGCUUUCAUUUCCCUCCAUUAAACAUUGUAUUUUCACCCAGAAACACCUAUAUUUGUGUGUAGUUGUGAUUUUAUAUGAUGUAUUUCGUAACAAUUGGAUCAAUAUAUGUACCAAAAGGUAAGUGAGGUUCCGGCCUGGGCAGUGUAAGUACGAUCUGAACGUAAGUGUGUACAAAAGUUUGCGGAGGCCAAUUUGUCAAGUCCCUUAUGGUAUGGCAUCGUGCAUAGAUUAUGUGAUAUAUAUCAAAUUGUUGGAAAUAAGAAUUUAUUUAUGCUAAGUUUUUAUGAGGCAAGAAUUUGGAAGCGUAUGUGUUUAUAGAAAUGUACAGAACACCAUAAAUAUCUGAUAGAAGUUAGAAUGAAGUUCAUUUCAUUGAUGGGUAUUUUCUUUGUUUUAUAAACAUGCUUCUUAGACACCCAAAUGCCAAAAUUUUACAUUGCACCGUUACACUGCCUCUGCGUAUACCUUGUUGGUGGGAGCGUGGAGGUAUAUACCUCCGUGGUGAGAGCAUGCCGUGGCCAGGUCGUUAAAAGGGUCUUUCUUUUGAAUCACUAAGUCACACGAGAUGCGUGUGAAGACCCGGUCUGGGACAUGGAAUUUGUAAAUUUCCAGGUCUGGCUGUUCCUGGUGAGAAAUUGCGGUCCAUGGGCGCUUGCCUGUUGAUAAAGACCAGUUGUCUUCCACUGAUGUAGUGUGCCUGUCUGUACGUCACACGUGGGAAAGGUUGUCAGUAGCCUGCCAAAGGCCAGUGGUUUACAAGUGGCUCUCCGGUUUCAUCCAGCCAUAAAACUGAUCGCCAUCGUAGAAAAACACGUUAAACAUCGGUCAAGUAAAGAAACAAAUAUGACAAUAGGUAAACAUGUGAUUGUGCAUGUUACUAAGAAGACUAUGGCUUGGGGACAAGAUAGAAUGCCCUCGGUGUCAAAGUGUUGGUGACAAAACAACGACAACAACAACAAC